AUGGAAAACGUACAAGUCCUUUCUAGGUCGUUGACAGUGGAGGUCUUUGGUCACUCCGCUGUGUUUGCCGGGCAAAGCGCUGCCGACCGACCGGCUGAGGCAAGGGGCACCGACACGGGUCAGACCCGCAGGAAGCCCCGCCGGGAGCUGGGACUAAUCCUGCCUGCUGCUGCGCUUCUGUCCCCUCCAGGAGGUCUGGCAGCUGUCUGCAGAGUGGGAGCGAGUGAAGACCCGGUGGGAAGAGCGGCGACAGCAAGCAAAGGCAGAAUGGGUGGCGUGGGAGGCCUGGUCUGCAGGGGAGGACCGACAACCGCCCCAGGUACGGGGCAGCGAUUGACACCGCUGAGAGCAGCAGCGGCCCUCUCCGUCGGGGCGGCAGGUCUCCAGGGGGGUGGGAGCGGGACUGACACCCGGCCGCAGGGCAGGGGUUUGCCCGCUCAUCCCCGUGAGGGAGAGGUUGGCAGCAGGACCCGAGGGGCAAAAGCAGCCGUCAGCCGCGAUGACGGGCACGCUGGUGCUGAGCCUCCCGGCUCCCAGGUCCCGCUGCAGGCUCCUUUUGAGAGGUCCUCUGGGAAACGGCACCUCUCUUUGCCGUCUGGUUUGCUGAGAGCGUCUCCUCCUCGGCAGGCGCUCGGCACUGGAGGCAUUCGGGCUCCCCACCCUCCAGGCCAGCCCAGGAGAAAGGAGGUCGGCGGGAGGUGGAGGAAGGCUGAAAACCCUCUCCCAGCAGAGGAGAUGGCAGCAGCCGCCCAGCUGGAGAGACUCCAGCCCGACCACCUUUCCCCACGAGCGGCCCAGGUCCUCAGAAGGCUGGAGCCGCAUCAAGGACGGAGGACCAUCUUCAGGCACGUCACCGAGAACAACCGGCGGAAGCUGGAGCAGCAGAGGCAGCUCCCCUGCACACGAUGCUGGUACCGCAGCGGAGGAGAAGGUGCCGGAGGCGGCGGCUGUAGCAGCGGCUGUUAGCAAAAGGGGGCUGGGAGGCUUCUCAGCUUCUCAGAUCCACCUAAAAAUACAAAAUAAAGAGCUCUGGGGCUGUUCCCAGCUGGACUGAC